AAAAAUAAACAAGUUUUUCCAUAUUUUUAAAUUUUUUCAUAACAAUAAGAAGUUUAGCCCAAAAUAAGGAAAUGCGGGCUGAAUUGCUUGCAGGGAGGUAACUUCUUGGAGGCCUUGAAAACGGAAUCACACACAUGCAUUCCCAGCCUACCUUUAAAUUUUCAACCCACAUAAACAACAAUAGGAUAACAAUUUACCCUCUUCUAAAUCCCUAUGGUAUGCGAAGCACUUUACUUGCUUAAUCUCAUUUAAUGCAGCGCCUCUCCAGAGAAAGUAUUAUUAACAGUAUUCCUAAUUUAGAGGUAAAAGAAGUGAGGCUUGAAGAGGUGAAUGACUGGCUUAAGGCUUUACAAUCUCGUUUUAGUGUUGUCUUGACCCUCUUCCUUUUUCACCUGAUUGCCUUUUAUUUAGUGCAGCUCAUCAGUGUAUAUCCUGGUCUUUGAGCUGAAGACCACAAAUGCACAGACCCUUCAUCUCUCUGGAAAACUUUUUUUUUCCCCCCCAAAGGAAAUGCAUCUGGGGCCUGGGGGCAGGCUUUGCUGGGAGCACUUCCCCCUUCCCUCUUCCUCUGGCCUUUAACUUUUGCCCCUGGGGCCAGGAGCAGCUCUGUCACUGGGUAGCUGGACUCCUUGGUGCCUCUUCCUCCAGGAUCAGAGGUCAGUGCCUGCGAGGGCUCUCAUUCCCCUGAGAGAGCCAGCAGUCAGGACGGCAUUUGCUCUCCCUCCGGCUCCUUCCUCCCCAGUCCUGGGCUCUCUACCCCGCACCCUUUGCUCUCUCCAGCUCCCCUUUCUUGUGCCUUCUCCUCUCGACUUUACUCUUUUCUCCUCCAGUUCAAUCCCCUGGUUCCUGUCUUUGCCUCCAUUGCUUCGCCUUUAUUGUCACUGGGAAAGCGAGUACCCAGUUACUGUAUUUGGGGGGAAAAGAGGCUUUUUAUAGAGCCGUGGUCCUAAGACUUGUUCGUUGACACGCAACCCAUUAAUGGGUACUACGUCUCACAAUUCCCUUCUCCUACGAGUCUCCUGGGGUUUGAGGGCCUAUUUUGGGGCUGUACCCAGGCUUGACCAGACCGGGCGGUGGGUGCGCGCGUGCCAACGGCUGGACCGACCGAGAGUCCGCAGUGGGAGCCGGCGAGGGGGAGGCUUCGGGUGCAAAGGUUGGAAAGAGCGGCAGGGAGGACGCCGCAGAAGGGGGUCUGAAGAAACUUCGUGACCUCCUGUGCAUUCACGUCCUAGGCGGGAGUUCGGGCGACCGGAGGCCCCCGGCGCCUGCUGCCCCGCGAAGGCUGGAGAUGGCGGUUUCCCCAAGCUCCGGCCUGCCCAGGGGUCUGCUCAUCCUCACGUUCUUCCAGCUGUGCCAGCCGGAUUCGGCCCACUUCGACGUGAUCGGGCCGGCGGCGCCCAUCGUGGCCGCGGUGGGUGACGACGUCGAGCUGCCCUGCCACCUGUCGCCGAGCGUGAGCGCCGAGCGCAUGGAGCUGCGCUGGGUCCGCGGGAAGGUGGCGACAGUGCUGGUGCGGCGGGACGGGCGCGAGCAGGCGGCCGAGCAGGCGGCCGAGUACCGCGGCAGAGCCACGCUCGUGGCCCGCGACAUCGCGGCAGGGCGCGUGGCCGUGAGGAUCCACCGGGUCAGGGCCUCGGACGACGGCGAGUUCCGAUGCUUCUUCCGGCAGGACGGAAGCUACGAGGAGGCCAGCGUGCACCUGAAGGUGGCCGCUCUGGGCUCUGAUCCUCACAUCCAUAUGGAAGUUCGAGAAAAUGGAGAGGUCCGGCUGGAGUGUACCUCGGUAGGAUGGUACCCAGAGCCCCAGGUACAGUGGGGGACUUCUGAGGGAGAGAAGUUUCCAUCCACGUCAGAGUCUAGGAAUCCUGAUGAAGAAGGCCUGUUCACUGUGGCAGCUUCAGUGAUCAUCAGAGACCCCUUCAUGAAGAAUAUAUCCUGCUGUAUCCGGAACCUCCUUCUUGGCCAGCAGAAGGAAGUAGACAUCUCCAUACCAGCUUCCUUCUUCCCAAAGUUGACUCCCUGGAUGGUGGCGGUGGCUGUCAUCUUGAUGGUCCUAGGAGUUCUCACAAUUGGGUCCAUAGUUUGCACUUGGAGACUCUACAAGGAAAGAUCCAGACAGAGAAAGGACGAAUUCAGCUCUAAGGAGAAACUCCUGGAAGAACUCAAGUGGAAAAAGGCGACAGUGCAUGCAGUUGAUGUGACUCUGGAUCCAGACACCGCCCACCCCCACCUCUUUUUGUAUGAGGAUUCCAAAUCUGUCCGACUGGAAGAUUCACGUCAGGAACUGCCUGAGAAACCAGAGAGAUUUGACUUCUGGCCUUGCGUGUUGGGUCGUGAGACCUUCACAGCAGGGCGACAUUUCUGGGAGGUGGAGGUAGGAGACAGGGCUGACUGGGCGGUCGGUGUGUGCAGGGAGAAUGUGGUGAAGAAAGGGUUUGACCCCAUGACUCCUGAGAAUGGGUUCUGGGCUGUGGAGUUGUAUGGGAAUGGGUACUGGGCCCUCACCCCACUGCGGACCCCUCUCCCCUUAGCAGGACCGCCCCGUCGGGUUGGGAUUUUCCUGGACUACGAAUCAGGAGAGGUCUCCUUCUACAAUAUGACUGAUGGGUCCCAUAUCUAUACUUUCUCCAACACCUCCUUCUCUGGCCCCCUCCGGCCUUUCUUCUGCCUGUGGUCCUGUGGUAAAAAGCCCCUGGCCAUCUGCCCAGUCACCGACGGGCCUGAGAGAGUCACAGUUGUUGCUGAUGCCAAGGACUUCACUAAGGAGAUCCCACUGUCCCCCAUGGGGGAGGACUCUGCCUCUGGGGAUACGGAUACCCUUCAUUCUAAGCUAAUCCCUACCCAGCCCAGCCAAAGGGCACCUUAAGGAAUGUCCCAGCCCAGCUGCUUUCCUUUGUCCUAAGCCCUCCCCUCCAUCCCCUCUGACAUACCAGUGGCCAGGUCCACCCAGUCCCUGUUUCCCCAUGUUGGGAACGGAUCAGUUGGUCUUGGGGAGGUGGGGUGCGGGGUGCGGGGCCUUCCUCAUCGGCUUCUGUCCUGAUCCUCAGGGGGCAGGAGGUCACGCUGAAGCUGCUUCCAGCAGUCUCCUAUCCCUGGAGGCCAAAUCCUAUAGGGAGGGGCAGCUCAGCGAUCAAGAUGAGGUUAGGUUGGCAUGGGGUUAUGACAGAAACAUCUGGGUGUCCAGGAUAGGGAUGUGUCGAGGAACAGGUUUUAGGCAAGCAGGAAACCCAAAAGGUUCUGGGAAGAGAAGAUUCAAGGCUGAAAUCCCAUAAAGGAACUGGGGGGACAUCAUGAGGGGAACCCAGGCCAAUGAUGAACACCUGGCCGGUUUCUAGACUUUCUGGGCCUGUAUGUCCAGCUUUCUAAGACAUGUCCUACAGAGUAGAGAAAACUGGCCCUACUUCUGCGGGAUCUGAGCCAUGGGUAUGGGGACCUGGGGAAGGGAUGAAAUGAGUGGGGCUGGGGGGCGGACAAAAGAUCUGAUCCAGGAGAAAACUUCAGACCAAACCCAGGCUGGGUGCCUGGCCGUGCCCCAGAUCCUGCUCUCCUCUCUGCCUUGACCUGUUUCCCCCUCACCCGGGGGUCCUUCCAACCUCACUCCGUGGACGCCACACAAGUUUCCAGCUCUCUUCUUCCUUUCACUGUAGAAUCUCUCCAUCCCAGAGGCUUUCCAGGAAUCCUCCUCAGUGACAUCACCCCUUUAUCCGCCAGGGUCGGCCUCAGGGCCCCUCAGCCCUCCUCCCAACCUCUGGGUUAAACCCCCAAAGGCAUCUUCAGUUCGCUCCCCCCGCCGCCCAUGCGCACCCCCCACCAGGGUUCACUCGCCCCACCCCGCGGGCUGCUUGUCCCCGGGCCCCAGAUGCUGCGUCCCUGUGUGAGCACAGCUAGCUGACCAUGUCGCCUUGUGUCUGCACUUCCCUGUAUACGGUGGCUCGGCAUGCCCCUGAACUGCGGGUUUAUCUGGGCUCACACCUUCCAUUUCCAUUGCGUUUUUCCUGUUUCCAGAGUAGAUGUCGCCCAUGGUCUUAACCUAAUAAAUAAGUCUGUUGAUUGCCGAA